AUGACAAUCUCAUCGGCGCCAUCAUCCCGCCGUUGUUCGUCCUCAUCGUUGUGCUCAUCUGAAACCGACGAGCUGACAACCAACACUAACACUUCCUCGUGUACGACGUCUUGCUCCUCGGAAGACGAUAACGAUGAAUCUGAAUCUGAAUCCGAUCUCACAACGCCGUCCUCUUCUGAAGGAAGUUGUGAGAGCUAUGAUGAUGAGGAGGAGCCCGAAGGAGAAGAGGACCACUCGUUGACUCCACAGCCUAAUAACACGGCAUGUCUCGACGAUUUCGAUCGGAUAAAAACAUUGGGAACCGGCUCGUUUGGCCGGGUGAUGCUUGUCAAACAUAAACAGUCCGGCAACUAUUAUGCCAUGAAAAUUCUUGACAAACAAAAGGUAGUCAAACUCAAACAAGUGGAGCACACGUUGAACGAGAAGCGCAUCCUUCAAGCCAUCGAUUUUCCGUUUUUGGUCAACAUGACAUUCUCGUUCAAGGACAACUCAAAUCUCUACAUGGUUCUCGAAUUCAUUUCCGGUGGCGAAAUGUUCUCACAUCUCCGCCGAAUCGGACGUUUCUCUGAGCCACACUCUCGCUUCUACGCUGCUCAAAUCGUUUUGGCUUUCGAAUAUCUUCACUCGUUGGAUUUGAUUUAUCGUGAUCUUAAACCAGAGAAUUUGCUCAUCGACUCCACCGGAUACUUGAAGAUCACCGAUUUCGGAUUCGCCAAACGUGUCAAAGGAAGAACGUGGACUUUGUGCGGCACUCCAGAAUACUUGGCACCAGAGAUCAUUUUGUCAAAGGGAUACAACAAAGCUGUCGAUUGGUGGGCACUUGGAGUGUUGAUCUAUGAAAUGGCUGCAGGAUAUCCACCAUUCUUCGCCGAUCAACCAAUCCAGAUCUAUGAGAAGAUCGUGUCAGGAAAGGUCAAAUUCCCGUCUCACUUCUCCAAUGAGUUGAAGGACUUGCUCAAGAAUCUUCUUCAAGUCGACUUGACAAAACGUUACGGAAAUUUGAAGAACGGAGUUGCCGACAUCAAAAACCACAAAUGGUUCGGAAGUACCGACUGGAUUGCAAUCUAUCAGAAAAAGAUCACGCCGCCCUCAUUCUCCAAAGGAGAAUCCAACGGACGGCUCUUCGAGGCUCUGUAUCCACGAGUCAAUGGUCCAGACGAUACGCGUCAUUUUGUGGAAGAAGUUCAAGAGCCAACGGAAUUCGUGAUUGCUCCAACACCGCAGCUGGCGGAGUUAUUUAUCGAAGCUCCAUUCCUUCCAAAAUGCCGUGGACCUGGUGACGCCUCCAACUUUGACGAUUACGAGGAGGAGCCACUUCGCAUCUCGGGUACCGAGAAAUGCUCCAAAGAGUUCGCCGAGUUUUAA